AAGCACUCCCAACGUAGUGACACGUCAUGCUUCGUGGCCUGGCAAGUUGGUUCACUAAGGCAACGGUGCCUGUCAAUUUGGCUUGAUUUUCACUUCACCCAAGUUGCGUCCGAGUGUUAGAUUGUUUUGAGCUUCCCACACAAAAUUAACUAAAUUAAAAAUGGAUCAGGUUGUCAGAUACAUCGAACCAGGCCGUCAGUUCGCCAAAGAUUCUCUCAGAUUAGUCAAAAGGUGCACAAAACCCGAUAGAAGAGAAUUCCAAAAGAUUGCUGUGGCGACUGCAAUAGGUUUUUGCAUUAUGGGAUUCAUUGGUUUCUUUGUGAAACUAAUCCACAUACCAAUCAACAACAUUAUUGUUGGAUCAUAAAGGAUAUUAUUUAUUUAUUUUCUUAGUUUAAGAUUCGGACUUAUAUAUGUAAAGUUAUCAUUUACAUGAUUUUUUUGUAUUAUCAUACUUCCAUUUCAUUGGGUCAAUAAAUACAUUAUUUUGUAUACAA